AUGGCUGACUCCAAAGAUGAGACAAAAGAGGCAAAAGCAAAAGCAAAAGAAAAGGCAAAAGCCGAGCAAGCCAAACGCGCUAAAGACGCCAAAACCUCUUCCAAACCGCGCUCCUCCGCCGAGAUCCGAAAUGAAGAACUCAUCGUCCUUAUUAUCUCUACUCUCACCACCCACGCGCCUCUUCUACUCGGCCCCACGAGCUCCCUCGCACUACUCUUUCAUAUCUCCCUCAAGCACGCCCUCGUCCUGAUCCUAUCCGUCUUCUUCCUUUUACACCUCUACCUACCCCUUUUUGCCCUACCACACUUUAGUGCCGUAUUGACACUCAUUUGCCCGCUCAUCGCCACCAUCAAUAUCCUCCUGCAUGAGCUCGGGAGACCAGGCUCAUUCUCCAAAGCCAAAACGAAAAGAGCCGACGGCGCGCAAUUUCUGGGAUAUUGGUUGGUGUAUAUAGUACUAAGUUGGAUGAGGGGGUGGGUAGGGAUAUACAGACCGGGAUGGAAGGGUGUGUUUGAGGUAGGGAGAAGUGGUAUAUUGGUGGCUGCUGGCGGAGGUUGGUUCUCUAGGAGCGCUUUGAAAGCGGAAAAAUCCAAACAGUUGCUUGAAGCAGAGAAAAGAGAGACAGAGGAGGAACAGAAGGCGGCCGCCAAAAAGGCGAAAGAAGAAAAGGCCCAGAAGGAGAAGGAGGCCAAGGCCAAGGAGAAGGCCAGAAAGGCCGCCGAGGACAAGGCUAAGAAGGACAAGGAAACCAAAGCGAAGAAAGCGGCAGAAGCCAAAGCCAAGGCAGAAGCGGACAAAAAGAAGAAUGGCGGGAAAUAG